AUGAGCUCCGAUCGCGCCAACUUGCUCAAAUUGCUGAAAUUUAGCCAGCCUCCAGGUGGACAGAGCUCCAACCCGCCAGCCGAGACGGGACUCCCAUCCGGCACCCCAGCGCGUGUUGAACCAAUUGGGCAUGAUGGUGCUAACGGUAAUGGCCUCCGUAUGCCUGGUCAGCGCAACAUUUCAGCUUCUGACAUACUCGCCUCCCUCCGUGGUCCACCGACUUGUGCUGCUUCUCCUCCUCCAGGCCCGUCAUCUGCUGUGCCAGGGAGACACAGCCCAGCUGAAAAGCCGGGUCUGGCUCCUACGCCUUCUGGGGAUGCAACUCAGGAAAUGCUGCUGAGGCUGUUGAACCAGCCACCCGCUCAAAGUCCAAAGGGGGCCGAUUUAACAUCUGCUCCUCAAACCUCGGGUCAAGCUAUGAAUAAUACCAAUACCAGUAAUAUUCCAGCGCAUCUUUCCAGCUCUUCGGCCGAGGAACGUAAAGAUGCUUCUGCCCGGAAUUUUGGCUCGGCUGAUGCUAUCGAGGUUACUCAGUUUGAUCCGUUGCAACCCAAAGCAGCAAACAAAGGAACCAUCUUCAGCCAUGUCAACCCCUUCGAGCACCUUGCCGCGGCAUCUUCGAGGAAUCGGUCCCCGAACAGCCAGCCGCAGUCCGGGCGCGCCAGCCCCUCAGUUGGAACUGGCCCAGCAGGAAAGGAUAUUCCAAAAGCCAAGAGCAAUUCACCCGAGGCUUCAAAGCCUUCUGUUGCUCAGCCUACACUAGAGAAAGCCCAAGGGCAGCAAACUGUGACCCCUGGGCCUAAUGAAUCUACCGAUCAGGACAAAAGAGGGGUUUCCACUCCGGAAGCUGCCGAAGGGGUUGAAGGCACACCAGUCGCUAUCUCAGGUGCUAAAGUGGAGAAAUCUGCACCAGUAUCUGAGAAGCUCACCGCUGAGCCUUCUGCUCCUGGAAGUGAUAUCCCAGGAAAUGCUACGGCCAACUCGCACAAACUUAUGCAUGGUGCCUUAGAGCCUCCAGAGGAGGAAGAUACUAAGAAACCUGGUAAAGUUGUAACUAUUUCCGGUGACGACGAGACUGUUAAAAAUACCAAAUUGGAGACUAAAAACGAAAAUGUGGCGGAUAACUGGGAGACGGAGGCGGAGACUGACCGCAUUGUCCCCGUCUACAACUUCCCGUUGAAGCCAUUUGUAUCCAUUACGUGGAAGACAAAUUUGAAACCCGUUGGCAUUCGUGACGAUGGAGUGAUGGAUAUUGCCCGCCUGAAGAAAGGAUUUGACCAGCUUGAUCGUUCACUCACUUCAGCAACUUCUGAAUAUAUCGUUUAUGCUCUUGCGAAAAACGGCGGAGCCCGUAUCAUUCGCCAGGAUGAUGGUCAUGACCGACAGAUCUUCCGCUCAACCAAUGACAGAAUGUUUAACGUCUCCGUAGCCCAGGCACCGCCCGGCUCUGCUAUCAAAGAGCAGGCUUUCCUUGGUAUCGGCGUUAGCGGCUCCGUUUACUGGACUACUAUUUCCCGUGCGGACGAUGAUUAUUUCGAGUCGGACGCUCUUGAAUCUCAGAGCUUGAUCUUCCCACCCUUCCCAACAUCUGACGAGAAUACAUCUGGCGGACAAUUGAAGACUCGCGCGAAGCAAAGCUCUCGCCAUCCUGAAUUCUUCGCUAUAGGCCGUGGAAAGUCUAUUCACAUCGUUAGACCUCGUGUCGCUUUGGCCGAGUAUGGUUUCACCUCUCCAGGGAAAGUGGAUACAGAAAAGUACUUCAAGGAGAAGUCUAUCAAAAUUGCUACUGGGAAGGCUGGUAAGGACUUCGUUUUCAGUGGUGAUGAUACCGUCAUUGCGUCGCUCGACAAGACCGGCAGGUUGAGAUUCUGGGAUCUCCGUGACAUUGAUGAAAUGCUAAUGGCCAACAAAUGCGAUAUCCGCAUCCCUCUCCUGACUCUUGUUACUGGUUCCUCCAAUGAAAAGUGCUGGCCAACCUCUGUUGUUUUCAUUGACAAACAGAGGCCUUAUCUGAAGGCCCAUGCCCUGAGAUACAUCCUUGUGGGUUUGAAACAAAACCAUACUCUGCAGCUUUGGGACCUAGGCCUAGGAAAGGCCGUACAGGAGUUGAACUUCCCUCACGGUAACGAAUCAGACGCAAUUUGCAGUAUCGCAUACCACCCAGGUUCUGGCAUCAUUGUUGUUGGCCACCCAACUAGAAACUCAAUUUAUUUCAUCCAUUUGUCUGCACCCAGAUAUGCACUUCCUCCAAUGUCUCAGGCUGCUUUCAUUCAGGCUGUGACGAACAAAGAUCCUGACCUUCCCAAACCCGAAUCAACCGCUUGCAUGAGCGGAAUCCGAGAAAUCUCUUUUGGUUCACGCGGCCAAUUACGAAGUCUUCAACUUCUCCCAUUGACUAAGUCACCAGGCCAGGAAGAUAAUGGCUUGUUUGAGCUGUAUAUUAUGCAUUCGCGAGGAGUAACCUGCCUCAGCAUCAAAAAGCUUGACCUGGGUUGGGACAUCGACAACAAAAUUGUUGAAUCGGUAGAUGCAUUGGAGAAAGGGUAUAUUGAGAUCAGGGAUAUUCAACCUGUCCAGCCAGCGGAUGAUAGCAGCCGAGGUGAAGAAGGCAGUACACUUUCCAAGAGCCCGCGCCAUGACAAUAAGGAAACGAAGAAGGAAGCUGCAUCUGCUACCAACUCGUCUGUUCCUGAGUCUCCAAAGAAGAGAUCGGUAGCAGAAUCCGCGUCUACCACUACCCAGUCUCAGCAGGAACAAGCCACAGGCGAAAAGCCAGACAAAAAGAAAAAGAAGAAAGAAGCAGCAGCCAAAUUGAAAGAAACUACAAAGGCAACAGAGGAGUCUUCUGAUGCCCCAAUUUUGUCGCCUGUUAAGCAGGUCAUUGGUCGAAAACAGGCUCCAGUGGAGCAACCUCGGUCUCGCCAGGUCGAGGCCGAAAUACCAGGCGAAUCAGUUAUGUCUAUGCAAGCUUUGUCUAAGGAGGUGCAGAAGAUCGAACAGAAUUUGACAUCCAUGUUCACUGCAUCCCUUAAUGGUGGACUCGAUACCGUGUAUCGCCGUUUCGAAGAUGAUCGUCGCGCUCAAGAUAAGCUUGCGACUAUUCGUCAGGAUGAGGUAUUGCGCCUAGUUUCGAAGACGUUGUCUGAAAAUGUUGAGAAAACACUUGCCCACAUUGUCUCCGAAAGCAUUAAGCAGUCUGUGCUUCCAGCCCUGAAGGAUAACACCGCUUCUGCCCUUGAUAGACAAAUCAAUGGUGCAGUCAAGGCUGCCUUACCAGACGCAAUUGCUAAAGCAAUGCAAACCCCUGCUACUGUCCGUGCCAUGACUGAGAUUAUGCUGCCCUCCAUCACUAGCCACUUUGACAGGGGACUUUCGAAUGCCGUUAAGAAUAUCGUUUCGGUGUUCAAGGAGGAGCAAGCUCAUACUGCCGAGAAGGUCGCCAGGGAUGUGGAACGGAAAUUUUCUACCAAAAUGAAGCAUCUUGAAAACCAACAGAUCAAGGAUAGCGUCAAAAUUGACCAGCUUGUGUCAUUGGUCAACAACAUGAACGACUCCAUGUCCACGAUUGCCCAGGCUCAGAAUAGUUUCGGCGCUGAGAUACUCAAGCUCCACAAGCAGAUGCCUGUGCAGGAGCCAGAGUCCCCGCAGAAGCAAGCCGUCCCCGCACAACGCGAGACUCAAAACGUCCAACCUUCUGACGAACCCAGCGAACUUACUCAGAUCGGCCAGCUUAUGGAGGAGAGAAGAUACGAGGAGGCGUCUAUUAAGUGGCUUCAAUCUUCCCAGCAGUCCGAGCUCUUCAGUAACCUAUUUGUGAAUUACAACCCAUCGUACCUUGGAAGCUUGUCACCUGUAGUUGCUCUCUCUGUCAGUGCAGCAGUGACCGCUUCUAUGGACACCCACAUCAUGGAGCGCUUGAAUUGGCUGCAGCACGUUCUUCGCACUGUCAAUAUUUCGGACCCUUCCAUUAGCGAAAUUGGACCUCGCAUCAUGGAUAUUCUGAUCCAGCGCCUCGAAGCGUUGUUCAUCUCCAUUGCGCAGAAAACACCUAAUGACCCCAUUCUCCACCGAAUCCCACCAAUUACUCAGUGGGCAGCCGUUCUCCGAGACGCAAAGUAA